CCUUUCAUCUAUAAUCAAGGAGUCUCCUCAUUAUGCUUAAAACCCUGCAAGAAAGGGGAUAAAAAAGAUAACACUGCAAAAUGAAACAGUUUUUCUUAACAUUCCCUCUUUUGUUCUCUUUCUUAUUCUUCUUUCAGUGCACUCCGGCCCUUUCACAGAGUCCGGCGCCGGCUCCUGCACCUCCAGCGUUGGUUCCUGCACCUCCAGCGCUGUCACCUGCAUCUUCUGGUUCGACUGACGUCACGGCUAUUCUUGGAAAGGUAGGUCAUUUUGCGACAUUUAUCCGACUCCUAAAAGCCUCCCAAUUGGCAGAUCAACUCAAUACACAGCUUUACAAGUCAAACCAAGGUCUCACAGUAUUUGCUCCCACUGAUGCUGCGUUCGCUAACCUCAAAUCUGGCACGUUAAACUCUCUCACCGAUCAACAGAAAUAUCAGCUGGUCCAAUUCCACGUCCUACCUUCAUUUUUCUCCGUCUCCCAAUUCCAAACAGCAAGCAAUCCACUACGAACACAAGCUGGAGGUAGUGAUGGACAAUUUCCAUUAAAUGUCACUACAACUGGGAAUCAGGUGAACAUAACAACCGAUAUGGUUAAUGCAACUGUGACAGAUACAGUAUAUACUGACAGGCAGCUAGCCGUGUACGAGGUUGAUAAAGUACUUCUUCCGCAUGGUCUUUUUGUACCUCCCCCGCCACCUCCUACUGCACCAUUAAAAUCCAAACAACGCCCAGCUUCAGAAUCUACCCAAUCUAAUGAUACUCCUCAUGUCCAAGUCGAUACUUCUAGUGGAAUUCAACUGUCCCAACAUGCAUUGCGUGCAACAUCCAGUAUCUUCCUGGUUUUGGCAGCUUUUAUUUGAAUGGGAGGUAAUGGAGUUUUUUGUACCCCUGCUUGUAUUAUCUUUGCCGAAUUAAAUUCUCGUGCAACCUGUGAUUAAUCAACUACUAUUUUUUUCAUUUUCAAUGUAUCAGAUUCAUGCCUUAUAACAAAAAUUAAGACCCCAAAAAUGCAUACAAGAAUCA